GUUUCUUAUUUGUGAAUUGGUUAUAGAGUUUGAUCAUAUGUAGACCCAUAACUUCGAUUGGUGGGAGAACUAUUGAUAAGUAAUUUAGAAACGAUCACGCCAGAUGCACUCAUUGCUACUAUAUAUUCACAGUUUCCCACACAACAGCUUGUGCGAGGCCUGCAAAGUAUAUAUCUCUGAUACACUGAACCUCUCCUGAUUCAUUGGAACCUUCGCAAUUAUGCCCAAACCAGCCCCAAAUCUCAAUAUUCCCCCCUCUUCCACCACCGUAAGUGUCCGCAUCAUCGAUACUACUACUCACGUAUCCGGUAUCCCCCUCUCCGCGUUUGCUUCCCCCGCUAUCUCUGGACACACUCACAUUUCCGGUCCCGCCUACUCAUUUCUCAUUGAGCAUCCCUCCUCCCGCUCCCUCCUCUUCGAUCUUGGUGUCCGUAGAGACUGGGAGAACCUCGCUCCCCGCAUUACCGAACGCAUCAAAGAUGGCGGCUGGAAAGUUACUGUCCAGAAGGGUGUACGUGAGCAACUAGAGGAACAUGGGGUGUCGGCUGCCAAUAUUGAAGCUGUGAUCUGGAGCCACUGGCAUUGGGAUCAUACUGGAGAUCCUAGUACAUUUGAUGAAUCCACCGCUCUGAUUGUUGGCCCCGGUUUCAAAGAAGUCUUCACUCCGGGUUACCCUUCCAAUCCUGCCUCUCCUAUCCUUGAAAGCGAUUAUGCCAAUCGUGAACUGCGUGAGAUAGAUUUCAAUUCUGGUCUCAAGAUUGGCCGCUUCGAAGCGUUGGAUUAUUUUGGGGAUGGUUCUUUCUAUUUACUCAAUAGUCCAGGGCAUGCUAUCGGCCACAUGUGUGCAUUAGCUAAGGUCCAAACGAAUCCGAAUUCCUAUGUAUUUAUGGGAGGUGAUGCGUGUCAUCACGGAGGCGAAUUUCGACCUUCACCUUAUCAUCCUCUUCCAGAAUCUCUCACACCAGCUCCUUUGUCGAGUUCCGGCACGAUCUGCCCGGGUUCGCUCUUUGAACCUCUUCUCCGUGAUAACGAUAGGGAGAAACCAUUUUAUGUGAUAGCGCGAAGGGAUGAUGGAACAGGGGUAGCGCAUGAUGUAGAUGAGGCAGAGAGAACGAUUGAAAAAGUCAUGGAAGUGGACGCAUCGGAUGAAGUAUUAGUUGUUAUGGCUCAUGAUGAGACAUUGAAAGAUGUGGCAUCUUUCUUUCCUCAGUAUGCGAAUAGCUUUAGGGAAAGUGGAUGGGCAGACAAAGCAAGAUGGUUAUUUUUGAGAGAUUUUGUGGGGGCAGUGAACAAUUGAAGAAUCUAGAAUUUCGGUCUAUAUUCAACAAAAGUUACACAUAAAAGUAAUUUGAAUUGUUCUUUUGAAGACUACUAGCUCAAAUUUCUACCUAAGAGAUGCUUAGCGAACCAGAACUGAGCGCAUAAUACUUUACAUUUCUUCAAAUUCUGCUCAACUUCCUACACAUCUCUUUGGUUCUGAUCAUCUUUUAGCUUACAAUACACUAAGGUUCUA